CACUAUUGAGCCAAGCGGACGUGCGCUUCGACAAGAACCUUUAUAAUAAUAAUAUUUAAUAGAGUAGGCCUACCAUUUCUAUAAUUUGUAUCAUUUCUUUUGGAACAUAAUUUAAAUUAUUAUUGUUAUUAUUAACUUUUAAAUUAACUACCACGAUGCAGCCUGAAAAGCAACAGUUGUUUACGAAAACGUCUUUUACCAUUGUAGACAUUUUAGAUCCAACUAAAUUUAAAGGUAGACUAAAUACUAAAGAAUGUUGUUCAGUCCCUGGAAAAGCUGAUGCACGGACAAGUGAAGAUGUUACAGCGCCUCGCGACAGAAGGGCAGAAAUGAUGUACAACACCCUUGAUGUCAGGGCAGUGGAGAAUUCCAACGCACGCGGCUCAAGCGAGUAUCCACUCGAAACUGACCCUCCCAGCCAAAACGCAGUGAAGUCCAAGUGCAAAUCCAGGCGAAUCCGGACAGCCUUCACACUGGAGCAGCUGCGUGUGCUGGAACACAGCUUCCGCUCCAGCCACUAUCUGUCUGUGUUGGAACGCUACGGCAUCGCCGCUGCCCUCCGCCUCUCCGAAACACAGGUCAAGAUCUGGUUUCAGAACCGCCGUACCAAAUGGAAGAAAGAGCGCGAGGGGAAAGCGGACGCCGAACAGUUCCGAAGUGAACACUCGUACCCCUCUCCUCCCGGCUGCUCGAAGACUUCCCCAUGCACUCCUCUGCAGUACUACAAGACAAUGCCUCUCUAUCCGCAACCAGCUUUCGUGCCUUCCCAAUUUCAUUACCAGAUGUACUGAAAAAUAUCCAUAUUCCAAAUCUGCGCUACACAUGGUGGCUAAUGUGCCUUGGCUAUAUUUCAUAACUAACUAAAUUAUGUAGUACGGGGUGGAGUUGUGGCCCAGAGAAUGAACCGCGUGGGAAUAAUUAGGACUAGACAAAGCAGUUUACUUUCUAUUUGUCUUUAAACACAUCCAAGAACCGUUAUAAAAGGCACAUUAGGUCAUUUUUCAUAUAUGCAGUAAGUUAUAUCUUUUAAAAAAUAUAUAUUUUCAUAUUAAUAUAAACGUUAUGUUAUGAAUUGAUUACUCACAGUAAUGGCCGCGAUAAGGUUGUGAUAUUUAUAAGUUUAAUUCCCCUGACUAAUAGUCCAGAGUGACAAUAGAAGAGGAAAUUCCUGACCCACAGACUGUUUAUGGCGUGAAAUUCAGUAUAUACAAUAAAAAAUAUAUAAUCAUAUUA